UUCGAUUCCCGGAAAUUAUAUGACACGCACGAUGCGAUUUCAUCCGGUCAUUCUUUUUUUUAACAACUAUCUCCGACAGAUAAAAUAUAUAAUCAUUAAAGACCGAGACUUCGAGAUGCUUCGUCUUUUAAAAUUUCGUGUACGUCGUUUCACUUCACGUGUAUAUACAUAUAUGAACACUUCUAAGUCGUAUUAGUGCAUCUCGCUCGUGCCUCACUAACUCAUGAGACUCGCAAUACAUUCGCAAAGCGUAAUCAUCAAUGACUUUAUGACACCCGCUAGAAUCGCAUAUAAAUACCGUUUGCAAAGCUGCCGAGAAGUUCAGUUCUUACAAGAUCCUUUUGAGAAGCCACAGAGACAGCCGCGUUACAUUAAAAAAUGGUCGCUGAAUCUAACAUGAAGAGACGUCGUUCGUCGGCCUGCGAGAAGGCAAAGGAGCUCCAAGCGAUUAAUUCUGUAAUAUCUGGAAAAAAUGUCCUCGUAACUGGAGGAGUCACGGGUCUCGGCUUUGCGUUCGUCAAUCAAUUUCUGCAGCACGGCGCAAAGAGAAUCGCUAUACUCGAUAUCAACGAUGACGCCAGGAUUCGCACGUUAAACGGUAUCGAGAAAGUCUACGGGAAGGAUAAAGCCAUCUUCAUCAACGUCGACGUUUCGCAACAGGACAAAAUGAUUGAUGCUUUCGAAGAAGCUUCCCAGAAGAUGGGCGGAAUCGACAUAGUGAUCAACAAUGCUGGGAUCCUAGACGAGCGAAGAUGGGAAAAGGAAAUAUCCGUGAACAUCACCGGUAUGCUGUCAACAGCGAUGCUGGCUAUGGACCACAUGGGACUGGACAAGGGCGGCCGUGGUGGAAUCUUAAUAAACGUCUCUCAGCACGUUGAUUAUACCAUAAGUGCACAACUUCCGGUUUACACGGCAACCAAACACGCAAUAAUCGGACUUUCCGCAUCGCUCUCGUCACCCCAACGCUUCGAGAAAUCUGGAGUGCGCGUCCUGACACUCUGUCCAGGAUUGACCGAGACUGCCCUGACAGUAGAAAGUCCCAACAAAUUGUUAUCCCGAGUGAUGAAAGCAGACUUUGUAAAGAACCUGGAGCACGUCACGAUACAAACACCAUUCGUGGUGGCGCAAGGACUUAUGUUGAUCCUUAGAGUCGGCGCACCCGGUAGCAUCUGGGUAAUCGAGAGUGGCGAAUCACCUUACGAAGUUUACGUGCCAGAAUUUCGUAGUCUGCGCCGUCAUUACAAGAACAACUUUACGGUCGUAGAGACAGUAAAGAUCCAACACGGUCGACCGAUUCGUGAAGAGUGCGACAAUACGAGAACCGGCUUGAUGAGUUGUGCUUAACGAAAACUAUAAAACGUCGCCAUUGUGCGCACCAAUUUUUAUCCCAAUCGAAUUCUCCAGUGCACGGUUGGAGAGACGAGUGUCAGGUGACACGUGUUGCCAUCUAUCACCGGUAGGAUCUAUUAGAUUCGGAUAGACGUCUCUCUGAAGAACCGCGAGACUGCAAUACCUUCGAGAAGCCCAGCACGACGGAAGAUACAGAAAGAAAGUCACUGGGACUCGGUAUUAUAGUAACGAAAGCUAGUGAUUCCCAAAGAUCUAAGUCUAUUUUUUCUUCUUGUUUUUUUUUUAACGAUCCCUCCGAUUCAUCUAAAUUGACAAAUGCACUCGUUGUGAACAUGCGUUUUACGACUGACGUAAGAUAAAAGUGCGAUGACUCCUCGAAACGGAGAGAGGUGCGAAUAAAGUUAGGAAUAAAUAUGAAAAUAAAGUUAAAAAAUGAAUAAACGAAUAAUAAUUUUUAAAAAUAGCUUCGAUAUGCUCUUGACAAUUAUUUCUUAAAAAUAAACCAGUGGGAGGGUAAGGGAGACUGACAUGGCCAAUGAUGAUACUGAUGACGAUGAUGAUAAUAAUAAUAAUUAGAUGAAGCAAAUUUCAGAAGAAAAGGAGAAGAGAAGGAUAAAGUAUGUACAUGAAUAUAUGAAAUUGAAACGAUUAAUUAUUUCAUUAUCUCAGUAUUAUUCAGCAUCGGGAAUCACAAUAUCCACUGUACAAAAACAAAACAUUCAUUGUCAGAAAAUCGCGCGCACCCAUGUUUUCCAUGCGUGUAUGUGAUGAAACUUAAAACUUACGUUUUUUUUCCUCCA